GCUCUGGUGCUGUUUACAAGGGUGUUUUGGCGGAUGAGAGGGUGGUGGCGGUGAAGAGACUGGGAGAUGUGCCUCAAGGGGAAGAAGAAUUUCGGGCAGAAAUGAGCACAAUUGGACAGAUCAAUCACAUGAACUUGGUUAGAAUGUGGGGAUUCUGUUCGGAAAGGAGAGAGAGACUCUUAGUCUAUGAGUAUGUUGAAAACCUGUCACUUGACAAGCACUUGUUCACCUCCACUUUCCUUGAAUGGAAAGAAAGGUUCAAAGUUGCACUGGGGACGGCCAAAGGUUUGGCCUAUCUUCACCAUGAGUGUCUAGAAUGGGUUAUCCACUGUGAUGUGAAGCCAGAAAAUAUACUUCUAGACAGUGAAUUUGAACCCAAAAUUGCUGAUUUUGGGCUAGCAAAGCUGUCCCAGAGAGGUGGCUCCGGCUCAGAGUUCUCUAGAAUUCGAGGAACAAAAGGGUACAUGGCUCCAGAGUGGGCUCUGAACCUUCCAAUUACUGCAAAAGUUGAUGUUUACAGCUAUGGGGUUGUAAUUCUAGAGAUGAUCAAGGGAAUUCGGCUUUCAAAUUGGGUGGUAGAGGAAAUUGAGGAACAGGAAGCAGAGCUUACAAGGUUUGUUAGGAUAGUGAAGAGAAAAAUCCUGUGUGGAGAAGAUUCUUGGAUAGAGGAUAUAUUGGAUCCAAGAUUGAAUGGGCAGUUUUGCAGGAAUCAGGCAGCUACCUUGGUUGAGAUAGGUCUAUCCUGCAUAGACGACGAUAGAAGCAAGCGACCUACAAUGGAUUCAGUAGUCCAAGCUCUACAAGAAUGUCAAGAUGAAUCAGUAACAUGUACUCCUAACAAUCUGUAAUUUCAUUCAUUUUGUUUUGUCUCUUUUUUUUUUUUUUGGUUUUAAUU